UCUUGAGUAGGAGCGGCUGAAGAACGGGCGUCCAUUUUGCUACGCCAUAUUGAAUUUGGUCGGACAUCUUUGGACGCCAUGUUUAGUCAGACAUAUUUUAUAAACAUUUUCGCGUAAAUUUCAAAUAUUUUUCGGCCUAAAUUACGAACUUUUUUUUCACUGAAAACUGUGGGUUCGUUUGCGGUGUAUAUCGCUACGGAAAAUUCUGUGCCAACGCGUCUGUCCAUAUUUGUCUCCUGGGGGCAGUGGAAGCUUUGUUAGAAGAUAAAUAGAGGCGGUAGGAGCGGCUAGGGUUCAAGAUGAUGAACCAGGAGAUCAUGUGCGAGGUGGAGAUCGGCACGCACGGAGCCAUCGAGAUAGAUGGCGACGACCAUGUCGGUGUGAAGUACGAAGAGAUAGAGGCCGGUCAAUACGAGGAGUACAUCACCGACGACCAGUACGAGGAGGUGGAAGAGCAGGUGAUCGGCAUGCAACAUCUGGAGGAAGAUUUUAAGAUUUCAGUGGGAAGCGAGGAGGUGAUACUGCCCGGCAUAUCGGGUGAGGAGGUGCUCAACCCGGCGGCGGACACGUACGACACUGUCUACCCCCAGCCCGCGUCCACUAGCAGAAGUCGGGGACGAGGCAGACCCCGAGGGAACGCGAAUAAUGCAAAUAACAUUCACCAUUUGAUGCCCAUCGGGGAAGUUCCAAUGGGUCUAAUGGAGGGUGUGAGCAAUAAUCGUGGCACGGCACGCCGCUGGGAACAGAAGCAGGUGCAGAUCAAGACCAUGGAGGGGGAGUUCUCUGUCACCAUGUGGGCCACGGGGGAGGAUGAUGAUGAAGGCUCAAAUCCCGAACCGGAUCCCGACUACACAGAGUACAUGACAGGAAAGAAAAACAUAUUAGGGAAUGAGACAAUGCCUGGAUUGGACUUGUCUGACCCGAAACAGCUAGCCGAGUUCGCUCGGCCCGGACACAAGAUCAGACUGAAGAAGCCUUCGCCGGAGUCCUCCGACAGAACUAUAGCGUGUCCACACAAAGGCUGCACGAAGAUGUUCCGCGACAACUCUGCGAUGCGGAAACAUUUGCACACGCACGGGCCGCGCGUGCACGUCUGCGCGGAGUGCGGUAAAGCGUUUGUGGAGAGUUCAAAGUUAAAACGACACCAGUUGGUGCAUACGGGCGAGAAACCUUUCCAGUGCACGUUCGAGGGUUGUGGAAAGCGGUUUUCCCUCGAUUUUAACCUUAGAACGCACGUGCGCAUCCACACGGGCGACCGUCCUUACGUGUGUCCGUUCGACGGCUGCAACAAGAAGUUCGCGCAGAGCACCAACCUCAAGUCGCACAUACUCACGCACGCCAAGGCCAAGUCAAGAAACUCCCUGUCUCGCAGCGGCGGCGGCGCUUACGAAUCCGCUCGGACCACGCCACAAUUCGUUCAACUAGAGAUGUCCCCGGACGACUCUAACCCCCAGCUCAUAUUCUACACGCACGAGUGAGAGUGAACAGAUUGUGUGUGUGACUGAAGUGCUGCUCGAAAGACACGUGUCCGAAUUCGGCUCGGAGGAUCAAAAAUGAUGUAAUCGGAUAUAUCCGGUUCGAAGGAUCACAAAUUGUGAAAGACUAGUGGUUGGACAAUAUAUCCAAUACUUAGGAUCCAAAAUUAUGUUAGGUUAUAUGGUGCUGUAGGUCUGUUGAAGGGUGUAGUUUUAGAGCUCUGUGGUGUAAAUAGUUUUUUUUAUUACUUCGGAAAGGAACAGCUGUGCACAAAAUAUACGCGUGGCGAAUUUUAAUCGGAUGUACGUUUCCAGAGUAUAAGAGAUAGGUAAAUCUAAUACUCUUGUUGUGAUGAUGAUCUUGAUCGAUUUUUAGUAUUAUAGACAUUUCAACUCCACAUUUUUAGUUAACACACUUUCAACAGGCGUACAGACGUUAAAAAUAGCAUUUUUCUAAGGAUUCUGUGCAAUGGACAUUUUUAGAUUUAAAGAAAUGCGCGUCGCUCACGUGAAGCGCCCGCGUCUUACGAGACUUCCAGAUUUUGUAACCAAAAAUAAAUAUUGGGUAGAUGCACCAGUAAUGGACAUUUAUUUUAUAACAAAAUUAUUGCACAUCAGUUAUAACCUUAAUUUUACUAACUGUUUUCUUUUAAUGAAAGGUGUAGGAUGUUUCCUUGGGCAAAUAGACUUAAAUUUUGUAUAUUAUUUUAUGCACAAAACCACUAUAACGGGUUUUUAAAACCUCCAUUACUGAUGCAAUGACUCCAUUUACAUUUCGUUUCCAUAUCAUAUUAUAAGAAUUAGGUUUUUCAAUAUACAAUGUAGAAAAUGAAUUUCAUAUUUUCUUUUACAUGCAAUUUUUAGUUUGAAAAACUUUAAGUCUCACAGAGUAACAAGCAGAGUGAUAAAAACUUUAAAAGUAGGCGCAUUAGGACAAAUGUUUGAUCCAAUGAAAAUAAGCUAUAAAUCUUAAAAUAAAAACAGGAUUACUCACAAAUUUUUUUUGUUUUGAAGCAUUUAAUGUGAGGGCAGAAAGUUAAAACACUCAUUUAAUUUUACAAAUUGUAGAAAUUUUUUAAAAUAUUUACAUAUCUCCAAACUCUAUUUUAUGGGAAAAUUAAAAACAAAUCACUCUGCAAAUCAAUAUGUAUACUCUUAGCAGCUGUUUUGAACUGUCUGAGUAAAUGUUAUUCAAGUAUAAGUCUAGCUAAUACAAGCCAAACUGUCAACUAAGCCCCAAAAUAAAUUGAUAUUUAUAUUAGCUAACUAACGGGCGAUUUUAUUAGCAGUCAUUUUCAAUAAACGAUCCUAAUGGCUUUUUUUUUAGAUCUAUCUCAAAAAUGGACCAAUCAAAGCUUUUUCUGACAUGCUCUCAAAUGAGUUAUUUUGAUAGGUUCACAUCAGAAUCGGAUCGAAGAUUGAGAUUGGGAUCGUUUAUUGAAACGGCUGUAAACAAUCCAAACCGCUAUCUUCGGAUCGAUGCGAAAAUGGACCAAUCAGGAUGAAUUUUGUAUAUUAAUUAUUUGUAUACGUACUUGACUUCUGAUUAGUUUAUUCUUAAAUCGAUCCCAAUAUAUCGUUUGCAACUGUUUAUUAAAUUGCGCUCUAUUGUAGCGGAUAGCAUUUACUUGGACGUUGUGAACAGGCCCUUAGCUUCGCUGAAUAUUGUACUAACAGUCAUCGCCAAUUUUCGUCAAUUGGAGCGCGGGGGCGCCUUAAUUAUACGCUUACUUACUAUAUGUACGUCCGUGGCUCUGCGUUAGUUAUAAUUUUCGUGUGAUAAAUCUCAUUUGCCGAGGGUAUGCGGGUUUGAAAAGAAUUACGCUCAUCUGGCAUUCGACAAUAAUUUGAUUCGUUUUUAAAUAUAUUUAUGGUGAAAAUUAACUGAUUGUAUUUUACAGUAGUGAUUUUAUACAUAAAUUCAUAUGCGAUAGGUUCUGUGACGCGAAUCGAAGCUACGGUCGUUCUAAAGGAUUUACAGCGUAUUUUAGUUUUUAAAAUACAGUUAUUAUUAAGCCAGGACAUAUUCAACACUUACUUUGGGGGGCCGCGUACCCACAAGUUUGUACAGGCAAGACCAACAGACUGAUUUUAUCACAUCUCUCUUGAAAAAUCUUUGAAGACUUGUUAUAUACCUUGGCAUGUUUUGUUUUUGUAAAUUUUUGAUUUUAAGCUUAAACACUGGUCAUAGAAUCACGGACAUACAUAAUAAUGUACAUUUUGUACUGUAGAUAUGCCAAAAAACAUUUGUAAUUAUAGGUUAACGUAUAGAUGUAAGUUUUUUUUUGUAUAAUGCGGGCCGCGUGCUCCGAAUUAAGCAUAAUAUGUUGAAAAAUGAAUGGAAUUAAUUACGGUCCAUGUUUGUUGGUUUGGCAGCAUUGUAUCCAGUAAUUUAUGCAUUAAAGUGGUGGAAAGGGAUAUUUAUUUGGUCGUUAGUGCUUUUAUAGUGAAAAAGUAAGGUUAUAAGGUUUGAUGUGUGUCUGUAUUAUUAUCAAGAUGUCUAGUUUGGUCCUUUUCUAUAUUGCAAUGGACAAUGAAGUCUGCGGUUGCAUUGAUUAAUUUGCCAGUUUCAAAUGUUUCUCAUAUUUUUUUGUGUUUUGUCGCACAGUGUUGUGUUCCUUUUCCUUAUUUCUUUCUCUAAGUAGCAUUUCACAUCCCAAUAUAUAUAAAGGCUUCAUGAAAAUGUAUUCCUGUCGACAAAUCGCUGGCUCGUUAUUGUUCCAUGUUAUAAUUAAUGUACAAACUAAAUUGUAUAUACCUACCAAAUGGUUUUAUGUCCUUUUGAAGAUGUUCAGUAAUCCCGUAAGUUGGUAAAGGUGGAACCAUUUUUUUUUAUUUAUACCAAAAUAAAGAUUUUCAACAUCAAUUUCGCAACAUAAAUAAAAAAUAAGACUAUGCAAUAGUGAGCUGACCAAAUGACCCCCUCAAUUCCUCCAUUGGAGUCGUAUCUGUCGUUUUAACAAUAAUAUCGGAGCACAGGCCAGAUAAUGUAAAUGUUAAGUUUAUAACAAGGGUUAGUGUUAAUUGUCUGUUUAAGGGCCAACACGGAUCAAAUGGAUUUAUGCUGUUAUUAAAAUAGUGUCUUUAUGCAAAUUUUGAUAAAGUUGAAAAUAACUUAACAUUGUAUUGCCAUGGUAGAGUAACUUCCGCUUAAUGAAAAAUACAAUAGUUCAAAAUAAAAUGUAUCCCAUUGGAGUUGUCUAGGUGGUCGCCAGAACUGCGUUAACUGGCUCUCUUUAAGUAACCACGCCACUUAACUAGAACGCGACUUCGCUUAUCGUCCCUUCGCUUCUUGCGGGGACACUCAACUUUUUUUUAAACUUUAUUUGAAUUGACUAGAGACAUUAUUUCAUUAUCAGCAUCAAAUUGUCGAACGUUCAGACUUUCAAUUGAUCAGUGAAAAUAAAACCCUCUUAUUCAUGAAAAAGGUUUCCAUUUUGAGAUAAGUUAUACACCAUGCGACAAUUGCACGGACUGUCUUAUCGAAUUAAUAUAACACGGCAAAUUUAUGCGUGGUUCGUUCUAUAAUAGGGAAGAUGUAAUAUUUUCAUUUUUUACUUUCAUUUGAAUGAAUUUCGUGUAGAAUAGAUCACGAAUAUACAAAAGAUAUUAAAAACCUGCAAUUUAAAUGCCCAGUAACGUUACCUAUCUCACUGGCCACGUUUGUUCGCCACUAACUUUAUCUGCAUCUUUCUUAUUGACACGAGUGCGUUUUGCGAAUUAUACAAAACCUGUGGGGCAGCUACUGCGACGGUCGACGAUGUCCUAACAGUUUUUUGUUUUGUCUCGUAAUAGCUGAUAUAAAAAUAGUGGAAACGAUUAUCUGAUUAAGAGGGUGUUUGUUUUUAUGAGAUCCCAUUUGCGUUAAUUUUGGUCAAUAUUAUUUUAGCUAGUUUGGAUUCCGAAAAUAAAAUUUCACCUGUUGCUGCACAGCACAUUGCGAUAUCAUCAUGCGAAUUAACAUAGUCAGUAAUUAAUAAUCCUUGUUUUGUCACAUUUUGCUUAUAUCACAUAAUUUUAGUGUGACAAACAAUAAUUAAAAUGUUUAUUGGUGUUCUCUAAAAAUAACAUUAUGUUGAAGUUGAUUUCUGGUUAAUAUACUAACCAUAGUUAACGGAAAUGGGGUUAACACGUUGACUGCAGCUCACAUAAAAGUCGUGUUUUUUGUUUUAAUCAAUUAAUUAAUCGCAGUCAAUGUGUUGGAACAGACUUGGCCGUUAAUAAGUUUUUCUAAUGACUGAAGUGAUGUAUAUAUCAUUGGUUUUAUCCUUUGCUGUGGCGGUAAAAGUUGGUGAGUCAUGCCACAGACUAUAAUUUGUGAUGUCCACAGCGAUUAGGAUGUAAAAUGAAAUAUAAACGAAAAUAAAGUGUAAAUAUUUAUAUAA